UGACACCCAUAUGGUCUUAUCCCUUCGAAUAAAAGUCUAACUCCCAUCUCUCUCCAGUUAUAAAAAUUGGCAUUUCAUGCCUUAUAUUCAAACAUCUCAGGCUUUUUAUGUUCUUCUUGCUCUUUGAUUACCAGUUUAUAAAUAGUUCAUUAGAUGCCCUUAAUAGGAACUUAUUAUUUACAUGGCACCACCACCACCAUCACCACCACCGGUUUCUUUAAAGGUAGUAGUCCUUUUCCUUCGGGUUUUAACGGCGGUUUUUCUCGUUAUAACGGUGAUCAUACUCAGCACCAACAGCGUCACUAUUGAUUCUCAAGGAACCGCUUUGAAAUACUAUUUCAAAGAUGUUUAUGCCUAUAGAUACAUGUUCUCAGCCGCCAUCAUCGGACUAGUUUACGCUGUCAUACAACUGUUCUUCACAAUCUCUGAACUGGCCACCAGAAUCAAGAACCCUAUUAAUUAUCAACUCGAUUUUUACGGUGACAAGAUAAUAUCAUAUUUGUUGGCAACUGGUUCGGCGGCUGGAUUUGGAGUAAGCAAAGACUUGAAAGAUGCACUUCUAGCAUUAGUUGCAUUAGAUUCAACUGAUCCUGUGGAUAAGUUCUUCAGCAGAGGAUACGCAUCGGCUAGUAUGCUUCUCUUUGCUUUCGUCUGUCUAGCCGUUUUAUCCGUCUUUUCAUCCUACCCCAUUUCCAAAGACUAGUUUAGUUAAGUCUCAUCAUUGUUGAACUUAUACUAUUUUCCAAUGUGAUUUGAUCAGAUAGCUUUGUCGCAGUGUUAUGUGUUGGUGCAAUUCUGUAAAUUUGAGAUUGUAUUUGUUAUGAAAUUCAUAUCUUAA